CGAAGAUAACUGAUAAGAACACCGUAACCAGGACACUGGAGAAACGAUCCUUUGGAUAUCCCUACCAGUUAGCCGUUCCACAAGCAUGGCCUGCGGAACCCUGGGUGGCACCGGUAGCGACUCCACCGUCCUCGCAGUUUGUCCCCUGUGGCACGGGCGUCCACUACACCGUCGGGAAGUUUGGCAAAGCCGUUCCUGUCUACGUCAAGUACCUCUGCAUGGUACCGCCUCCUACAACAACCACCCCGAAACCUCCCCCACCACCUACCACAAGGCCUCCGACUACACCUCCACCGACUACACCGAAGCCCCCGCCGCCACCCACCACUCCUAAACCGGCACCACCGCCGACUACUACACCGAAGCCAGCAGUUAUCGUUAUUGUGCCACAGUCAGUGAUCAAGCACCAUCACGGUGGCCAUCCAUGGGUGUCAGCACAGCCGUGGCCCAGCGACCCGUGGGCCAGUAGCCAGCCGUGGGUUGUCCAAAAGCCGUGGAGUGGUGGACCCUUUACGGUGUUGCCUGCGAACACUGUGAAAUGGCCUGUAGUAAGUGGUGUAGCUGGUGGACAUCCGUUCGUUCAGAUCGGCAGAACUGCAGAAGACACUCAAGAUGGACAGUUGAAUGCAGGGGCCCGUCAAACAAAGUGAUGGUCACUAUUCUUUUCCGUUGGUCAUGGUUACUAUAUUGAAAGUGGACUU